CAAAUAUCGAGCUUUGAAUGUAAAUAUGUUUAUUUUUCUUGUAAAUAAGUAUAUUAACUAUAAAAAUUAUAUGUACCUAUGUCCAUCAUAUUUGGGAUUUUCCGUUUCUUUUAUUUGGAAACAAGUUCGAUUUUAAUCAACGUAGUAUUCUUGGAUCCUAUUACAACAUGGAAUCAGUCACUAAUGAAGUAUGAUGGAUUUCUAAUGUGUCUACGACAUCAUUGUGACAAGUGUGUUGUUAUGUUAAAGUGUUGUGUUAUGUUUAAUUUUAAACGACAGAUUACUGAUCUAUUAAAAUGCAUCUACAUCUUCUGAUAUUAACAUGUGUGUUGAAAGAUAUAGUUACCCAAGUACCAGAUCCAUUUUUGUCACCAUGCCCAAGGGUAUUUUAUUACGAACCUCAGAAGGAAGUUGGCAAAUGGUUUGGAGUUAUGAAAAUCUAUACUACCGAAAAACUUACCGGAAUAUGGCUUACCGUGAAGUUGGAUAGGAAGGCUGAACUGUUGGGGAACUGGUUUGGAGAAACAUAUUCUUCAGACAACAUAGAAUUCCGGAUCUCGAAUCCGGACUACGUUCUUGAAGCAAUAGCUCCAAUAUCAAUAAGAUUUUUUGUAAAGUACAACCCAAUUGGUAUACCCCCGAAGUUGGAGAUAAUACGACUUAAUGGUUUACGUAUUUGCCCCCAACAGCGGGAGAUUUUAGACACAACGACAGCUAAGUUGCAUAUUAGCAAACCUAAGCCUACUAGACCUUCAACUAUCGUUGGUUCAAGCUCAUCUCUUAAUAAUGAUGCACCAUUAAAUAAUUUUAAUAGUCAGACCGUAGAAGGGGACCACAUUAGUGAUUCCAGUUUGAAUAUUGACAAACCAGACGUUCAUAUUCCUUCUACGGGUACAAAUAAUGAUAGAAAUAGGUAUCCCGUUAACACGAAACCUGUGGAUCAUCCGAGUUUGGGAUACAAUGUAGCUACAACAGGAGAUUAUGGUACCAACGUUCUAACAGGAUCAGAUGGAACCCAUAAAAACUUUGAAACAAAGUUGUUAGGAACCAAUACACAGAAUCCAAAUACUAUUCCUAAGAGAGAAGUGAGGCCGCCAUCUUUAUACAAUGGGCUUAAUGUACAUGAAAACAGAUCACCAAGACGUAUACAAACUCCUUCCGACAACUCUUACUCGAAUGAUUCGGAGGAAGAUUUCUUUCCAGGAGACUUUAAUGCAGGUAUAAGUGCAAGUACGGAAAAUCAUGUUACAAGACCAUUGCUUGAAAAACAACCAAAUGUAGCCUGUGGUACAGUGGCUUUAAAGCCUAAAGCUUUCAUUGCUUACGGGCAAGAUACAACACCAGGACAAUGGCCAUGGCACGCAGCAGUCUAUCAUACAAAAGGUAUUACCUUAAUGUAUAUAUGUGGAGCAAGUCUAAUAUCACAGACACACCUCUUAAUUGCUGCCCAUUGUCUAACCAAACCUCGGACAGCCAUACCCGUUGAACCUGAGGGUCUUUUAGUGUAUUUUGGAAAAUAUAACUUGAGGACUUUUGGACCAGAGACCCAAGACAGAAAUGUAGAACAAAUUAUUAUUCACCCACAUUUUAAUUCUUCGAUAUUUUCUAAUGAUAUAGGAAUUAUAAAGUUGUCACGGCCUGUUGAAAUAACUGACUAUGUUAGACCUGUUUGUCUUUGGGAAGAUGAUACUAACUUGGAAACAAUUAUCAAUAAAGAUGGUACAGUCGUUGGCUGGGGUUUUGAUGAAAACAAGAAAAUAUCAGAAAAACUAAUGCAAGCAAAAAUGCCAGUCGUUUCAACGAUCCAAUGUAUCUAUUCAAAUAGAGACUUUUUUGCUCGGUUCACUUCUGACUCUAAUUUCUGUGCUGGUUUCCGAAACGGUACAAUAAACCAACCCAAUAUGUUUGACAAAAGAACCGUUAUGGGUAGAGGAACCUCUGUGUGUAACGGAGACUCUGGAGGAUCUAUGGUGUUCCCUAAAAAAAGUACAAGUGGACAAAACCCGGUGUGGCAAAUUAGAGGUAUUGUUUCAGUAGGCGUAGCGUUACAAACAGAAGGGAUUUGUGAUACUUCCCAAUAUGUAAUUUUCACAGAUGUUGCAAAAUUUUUGCCAUGGAUAAAAGGGGUUAUAAAUUCAAAUUAAAAAUAUUGUGAUAUAAAUGUAGAAUAAAAAACAAAUAAAAAUAUACUUUUUAAAUAUUGA